AUGGUUACAAAAAAUGCUAAGAAGCCAAGAAAUGCUGAAAGAAUAGAUUUAUAAUAAAUAGAUAUUGAAGAUGAUGAGGCAAAUGUAUAUAAAUUUUCGCAUAAACAUUUUUAUUCUUCAUUUGGAGAGAAGAUUACAUAUUGGUAUUGGGUUCAAAAGAGAGCUCAUUUUAAAAAUGAUAUUUGGAAGAAUCAACGUGAAUUUGAUAAGUAGCUAUAGAACCAUUAGCCCCAUUUUAAAUUGGAUGAAAUAAUUAAAACUAGAGAUAAGAUAGAUGCUUAAUAAAUUCAUUAGUUAAAUAUUUAAAGACCUUUACUUGAAUGGAAAUAGAGAUCUCCCAAAGAGAAUGUAGGUAAAUUCAAAUUAUUAAAGAAGAUAGCAAAAUAUUCUAUGAAUUUAAAUAGUACUUAUAUAAGAUUAAAAUUAUUGGAUAAAGAAGUAAUCAAAGCUAUUUUAGAAUAAUAUCUAUCUAAAUCCAAUUAUAGUACAUAAUAUGUUUAUCAAUUGAAUAAAUUCUAACUUAGAGGUUUUUGGAACAGAUUAUAAUAGAUUGAGCUUAUAUAUUGA